UAGUAGCUGGGUGCAGAUUCAAACAUAGGGAGCAUCAUGCAGAGCUGGGCGUAUUGAUAAAGGAACUAUGUGAAGAUGAAACUGAAACAGCUGUUGACGUACGCCAUUCGCCACCACAAUGUUUCAUUUGGCAUAAGAAUAAGAUGAUCAAUGGCUUCCCAGCUGAUCGAGGAGCAGCGCAGGGGCGCCGAGAUCCACAAGGGGCACGGCGUCUGCAGGCAGCACCUAGUGCCAUUGCUCAAGGACCUCUCCCUCCCGGAGGGCAUUUUGCCGCUGGAGGACAUCGAGGAGUUCGGCCACAACCGCGUCACCGGCUUCGUGUGGCUGAUCCAGAGGAAGAAGAAGAACCACAUGUUCGAGAAGAUCAAGCAGCUUGUGUCGUUCGCCACCGAAGUCACCGCCUUCAUCGAGGACCGCAAGCUGAAGAAGAUAACCGGCAUCAAGGCGCGGGAGCUGCUCAUCUGGCUCACCGUUAAGCAAGUGGGCGUCGACGAGCAGUCGACCGAGAAGGUCGUCUUACUGACCGCCACGGGGCUGUCCAAGUCCUUCCCGAAGUCCGCUUUCGAGCUGGAACCGUGACGGGAAGGGAGAGAGACAGAGCUUCCUUUAAUUGCUAAGUUGCUUUUGAUCAUGUAUAUGCUAAAAAAUUUAAACAAUCAAAUAAUACCAGUGUUCGAAAUUUAAA